UCAAACUCUAACCAAAAGCAUCCAUGUGAAUUUGUGAAAGCAGUAUGACACCUUUGUAGUUUGUACGAAAUCUCACCUAAAAUUGACAGAAAUAUUAGAGAUAAACCACAACAAUUAAUGCCUUUAAUCACACGAUCUGUAUUACAAGUAGAAUCCAAUCCAAGGGUCAAAAUUAUCAGUACAAAAUACCUGCCAGACUUCCAGAUGUCUAUUUCUGGAACUUUCUAACUAAAAAUAUGAAUAUUUUUUUCUUAAAAAAAAAAAAAAUAAUUAACUCCAAAAUUUGGGUUGUUGUUGGGAUCUUGUAACUUCAUCACUCUCUUCAUAUUGCUAGCUUUAAUACGCUUGAAAAAUUGCAACUUUAUCGUCCAAUCUUACCACUGCAUUGCUAAGUGCUAGGCAUAUAGGCUGUUUGCUACUCUUGCAAAUAUGAGUUUUGUUUUCCGUGGUAGUCGAGGAGAUAUUGAAAAUGGAUUAUCAGGAUUAGUUCCGGAAAGGCGCUCAGUAAGAAUUCACCCAGUUCGGCCUGUAAAUACAAAUUCGUUGGCUUUUCUUGUCACUGUUCUUUUGUUGUUCACAAUUCUAAAUACCCAUCAGAUGUCACCUAAUUUUCUGCUUUGGCUGGUUCUUGGUGUGUUUCUGAUUGCAACAAGCUUAAGGAUGUAUGCAACUUGUCAACAAUUGCAAGUUCAAGCUCAAGUUCAUGCUGCAGCCGCUAGUGGCUUAUUUGGGGAUACUGAGUUCCGUUUGCAGAUGCCACCGUCCAUAGCUUUAGCAAGCAGAGGGCGACUACAAGGACUGAGGCUUCAGCUUGCCCUUCUGGAUCGUGAAUUUGAUGACCUAGAUUAUGAAGCAUUAAGAGCACUGGAUGCUGACAAUGUCUCAAACAUUCCUUCAAUGAGUGAAGAAGAAAUAAACGCCUUACCAGUCCACAAAUACAAUGGCACAGGACCAGAGUGUGAGGUUUCACAAUCACAAGAGGCUUCAUCUUCGUCAACAACCCUUGAGCUAAAGCAAGAUGCAAGUAGCACAAAGGGUACAAAAGAAGAUCUUACUUGUACUAUAUGCUUGGAGCAAGUGAAGAGAGGAGAACUCCUGCGUACCUUACCAUGUUUACAUCAGUUCCAUGCCAAUUGCAUUGAUCCAUGGUUGAGGCAACAAGGCACAUGCCCCGUAUGCAAACUAAGAAUAGGAUCUGAAAUGCAAGGUGUCUUGGAUAGUACUAAUGAUGUUUCUGCCAUGGUUUAAGUUUCUAUAUACUCCAGUGUAAUAUAUUAGCAUGAGAUUACCUGUACAUGACUUACCUUUCUCUCUAGCCUAGUCCCGUGUAUAGCAACUGGUGUGUUACAUGGUAGAACUUGCACCUAGUGCUCGACUUGUUUCAGUUCUUCAUAAUACCGUGUGAAUUGUAAUUUCUGCAAAGACAUGUAAGCAUCUAGCUUGUUAGCA